CAUCAUCACAAUAUGGCGGACGUCCUGGAACUGCGCUCUGUUGGUCAUCGAGCCAGAGAAUUUGGUGCUACCAGAAGAAUAGCACGUUUGACCCCGCCUGAAGUAUUUUGCAAACUACACGCUUCUGCGAUGGCAGAUGUUUCAGACAUUUUCCAGUUAUUUACUUGUUUACAGCUUUAUUGAUAACGUCAGCGAUUUGCUCAAAUCGCAUAAUAGCUUUUACCUCUUUGCUUAGUAAAUUCUGACCUUGAAACACAUUCGCUGUUCCUACAUUAGGGUAUGCAUCGAAGUCCUUAGUUAACCGGAACAACUUCGAAAAGUAGUUUGAUGCACAGUUUUAAUUUACUUUUAAAAAUAUAGUGGUGAUCUUCAGCAGUGAAAUAUGUCAAGAAUUUUUUUAAAAUAUUGUAAGUUAUAAAGAUGAUCUCCUAAGUUGUGUUGCCACUGGAAUUUAACAUUAGACUUGAAAGCAUAAAAUUUCUGCAAUCUAGUGUAGAAGAUUAAUUAAAAUGCUGUCUUUAUUUUUAAAAACUUCAACAGCAGUGCUAGUGCUCAUCGCGUUAGGUCAUCUGAGGAUUAUAGAAUGUAAAGAGGCUUGCGAUCGGAAGCUGCACAAUUGUACUGGAAUGAUGCAACCAGUGCUGAAUGAAGUUCGUUACAUGUUUCCCACAACUCAACUUGAAAUAGAAGGAAUGUGCAAAGUAUGGAGCCAUAUUAUGGACUGUAUCAGAAAAUACGUCAUCGAUUGUUCUUCAGAAGAGCAAAGAACGAAAUUCAAUGAAGCUGUCAGUAAUUCUAUUGACUCUGUUCACGCCAUUUGCAGCUCGGAACGUUAUCGAAGAGAUUACUUAGAAUAUGCAACGUGCUACAGAAAAGUGUCUAUGGACAACUGUGGUCAGCAUUUCAAGAAAAUGGUCGACAGUGCGUAUAACCCACAUUCCUCUGAGUUACAGAUAUGUUGUGCUUAUCGACAGUAUGAGAAGUGUGUCUCGGAACCAAUUCAAACACUGUGCGGUCCUCAAGCCUUGCAUAUCCUGGACGAUUCGAUGUCAUCACUGAAAUCCAGAUGCGACACGGUAACACAAGCAUUGAAAUCAACUGAUAAGAUUUGCCCAUCGGAUGUCUCCAUUCAACAAACUCAAGAUUAUAAUCCAAAACCAGCACUGCGGCAAUUAGAACAGACUUACAGUCCAUUGUCCACAUCAGCUUACCUACUGAAUACAAGAGCAGCUCCGUAUACUACCCCAGCUUGGACACCUCGCACUGUAAUUUAUCCUCUACCAGUAACAAGACACAGCAGUCGCAUUUACAGAAAUUCAGCUUGCAGAAACAUGUCUUCUAUUUUCAAAAUGUUUACAACUGUUUUAUUCGUAAUAAUAGCCAUCAGCAUGUGAAAAUUUAUUUCAUAUUAUUGACUGCAAUAAUGUGUAUGGUGACAGAAAUAAAAGGGUAUUGUUUAUAAGCUAGAUGUGAAAAUAAAAAGGCAAACAAAA